AUGAGGAUUAUCUCUGCUCUGUGGCUUCUUCUGGCUGUUGUCGUGGUGACACUCACAGUUGAGGCCAGGAUUACAGCCAAGCCCAAGUACCAAUACACCAAGAAGCCCAUGACCCCUGGUACACCAAAGCCCAAGAUAGGCUCAGACCACAACAAUAACAACAACUACAACCAGUACCCUGUGGCGUCUCACCCUCUGCCCAGCCCAGAGAGAACCACCCACCCAAGUGGUGUCUUUCCUCAGGACGUAAGCACACAGCCCCCUGGUGUAGGCAAUGAGAACUACACCUUGGAUUACAGCGAGUGCUACUUCAACUUUUGUGACUGCUGCCCACCUGAGAGAGGCCCCCAGGGUCCAAGAGGAGACAAUGGACUGGCAGGGCCACCGGGUGAACGAGGUCUUAAAGGAUCAGCAGGUUCACCUGGACCACCAGGUGUGAUUGGUCCAAAGGGGGGCAAAGGAGACAAAGGGGAUAAGGGUGAACGGGGAAACGUUGGCCCAGGAGGACACCCUGGAGUUUUUGGAAAACCGGGGCAGAAAGGUGAUGCAGGCCCAAAAGGAGAGAAAGGUGAAAUGGGGAUGCAAGGCGUCAAAGGUGUCUCGGGGCAGAAAGGUGAAGUUGGUCAGAAUGGGACUGCUGGUGAGAAAGGAGAACCGGGAAAAGAGGGCCCAGUCGGGCCCCCCGGAGUGACUCUUGCACUUGGUCCAAAAGGAGACAAAGGGGAUAAGGGGGAAUGUGGCACAUUUGGGGAGAGGGGACCAAAAGGUGAUCGUGGAGACACUGGGUCUCCGGGAAUCCCAGGAGCAAUGGGAAUCCCAGGAAUGAAUGGCAAACAUGGUGCUCCGGGUCCGAUAGGAGUCAGCGGGGAUCCUGGACCUCCUGGAGCACAGGGAGAACCCGGGGUGGGAGGGUCUCAGGGUCCUCAAGGUGUAAGAGGCAUACAGGGGCCAAAGGGGGAUAGAGGUUAUCCCGGGAUGAGAGGGGACCGGGGGAUGCGGGGCUUCAAAGGAGCUAAGGGGUCCGGUCUUGCUCCGAAGCGCUCAGCCUUCAGUGUUGGCAUCUCUCCCAGAAAGUCCUUCCCGCCGUCUGGCUUUCCUAUACGCUUUGACAAAGUCUUCUACAACGAGGAGAACCACUUCAACGUCACCACCAACAGCUUCAUGUGUGUCCAUGCCGGUGUCUACGUCUUCUCCUUCCAAAUCACCGUACGCAACCAGCCUCUACGUGCCACGCUGGUGGUCAAUGGCUCACGACGGGUACGAACACGGGACUCGCUAUACGGACAAGAUAUCGACCAGGCGUCCACUCUGGUGGUACUGAGGUUGGCCGCGGGUGACCGGGUGUGGAUGGAGACCCUCAGGGACUGGAACGGGGUGUACGCCAGCAGUGAGGAUGACAGCAUCUUCUCCGGAUUUCUACUUUACUCACCCUGA